AGCCUCCAAUCAUGGCACGAAAACGAGGAAUUUCAUCGCUUCUGCUUAUUUACAAACAGUCAUUUGUAAUUUGGGGUGCUCUUCUUAUAUUUUCACCAUUAUUGAUGUUUGUUGGGGAUUCGCAUGGCCUCCAAGCAAAAUGUCUCUACUGUGUCGCUGUCAUGGGCUCCUACUGGGUAUUUGAAGCUCUUCCACUUGCUAUCACUGCUUUCAUCCCAAUGAUUCUUUUCCCACUAUUUGGAAUUAUGAGAUCAGAGGAAGUUGCAAGAGCGUACCUGCCGGACACUUGCUUUCUUUUUAUGGGUGGUUUGAUGGUAGCCCUGGCAGUCGAAAAGUGCGAGUUGCACGCGAGAGUUGCUUUGUUUGUAUUGAAAACUGUGGGGUCGGAACCAGCAAGAGUUAUGGCAGGAUUUAUGGGUGUCACUGGAUUUUUGAGUAUGUGGAUCUCAAACACGGCAACUACAGCUCUAAUGGUGCCAAUUCUGCAAAGUGUGAUCACCGAGCUGGUAUCCAAUCACCGAAUGGAAGAUUUGGUUGCGUUGUGUGAAGCUCAUCACAAUAGCAGUAGAAAGCAUAGUGUUGGAAUGAGACGGCUAUCGCUACCGAAUGAAAAUAACGAAAUUAAGCGAGAAGAAAUGGACACUGCAAUGUCACCAAGAGAACAAAAAAUGGCCAAGGGUCUUAUGCUAAGUGUCUGCUUCUCAGCAAAUAUUGGUGGAGCUGCAACAAUUACUGGUACUGCUUCUAAUUUAGUGUUGGUGGGACAGUUGAAUGAACUCUUCCCAGGAGCAGACACUGGAGUCAACUUCCUAUCAUGGCUUAUUUUUGCGUUCCCAAUGGUUUUCUGCUGUCUCAUUUAUUGCUGGUGUGUUCUCUACCUGCUUUAUCUUCGUGAUGCUCCAAAGGGAUCAAUUAUUGUAACAAGAAAGCUUCAACAAAAAUACAACGAGCUUCAUGCAUUCUCCUUUGCCGAGAUGGCUGUCAUUUUCUGCUUUGCUCUGCUUCUAGUUUUAUGGAUUCUUCGAGAGCCACAAGUUGUUCCAGGCUGGGGUGAAAUGUUCAAGGACGAAUUUGUAUCCGAUGCCACCAGUGCUAUGUUCAUUGUGAUUCUUCUUUUCACUCUUCCAGAAAAACUUCCAAGCUCUAGAGGAAGCUCCGAACAGAGAAAAGCCAGCAGCGGUCUUCUCGAUUGGGCUACUGUCCAGGAUAGAUUCCCAUGGAGUGUUCUUUUCCUCCUCGGAGGUGGAUUUGCGUUAGCCGCAGGUGUUAAGGAGUCCGGACUUUCUCAUGACAUCGGGGCUAUUAUGCGUUAUUUGGAUGUGUUCAACCACAACAUUAUCAUGCUCAUUUGUAUCAUUAUUAGUGUUACGCUUACCAACGUUUGCUCUAAUACAGUGAUUGCGUCGAUUUUCAUUCCAAUUGUAGCAGAAUUGGCAAGAUCGCUAGAGAUUGAUCCAUUGAACUUCAUGCUCCCAGUCACCAUAUCAGCCUCAUUCGCUUUCCUCCUACCAGUGGCUACACCACCAAAUGCAAUUGUGUUCUCCUCGGGAUAUCUGAAAGUUUUUGAUAUGUUUGUCUCCGGUCUCUGUGUCACCCUUGGAUGUGUAGUCCUCUCAAUGCUGAACAUGCUCCUUUGGGCCGGAUUUGUCUUCAAUCUUCACCUAUUCCCACAAUGGGCCGCCAAUCCAUCUCCACCGCUGGACGUUCAGGACUGGGCCGUCGAAAACAAUAUCACUUUUGUGGGAACUUCAAAACUUUAAAUAUAUUCUGCCUCUCUUUAGAUUUUGUAUAGUUCUGUUCUUUUCUGUGCCAUCAAUAUGUGUUCAAUUCGAAUCAUGGAAAAGCUUUCACUUAUAAAUAUUCCCCCUCUCAACGGAUGAAUUGACCGUGUCAAUUGAUUAGUUCUUAUUGAAUCAAUAAACAUUGAAAGUU